GGAAAAUGUCCAUUAGGAGUAUGGGACACAAACCUCCCUCGCUGGACAAGGUUCAGCAGCGACAUGUCAACAACUCACAAGCAGACGUUAACACUUUGGUGACCACGCCUGCAUCACGUGACAACCAUGUCCCCGCCUCUCGCGCUGUCUUUCUCGGGCUUCCGCGUUGUGCGCGUCGACGUCAUCACUGCCGCCGCAGAACACGUAUCUAUCGAAGGCGUUAUACGGCCGGAUUCUUUGCGAUAGGGAAAUAACUGUAAAUAGCUACGCGGUUGGGGGGCGGCCUUGUAACCUCUGAGUGCAAAAAAAAAGGAGGUGUUGAGACUGUUGCCUGUUUACAGUCGUCGCUGAGUGUGUAAUAUAACACACGCUGGUGUGAGUUGUGAUACUGUGUGCGGUGGACACCCGUGGGUGACCGUCCCUCAGGCAGCCGGGUAGCAGGCGGAAUCUGGGCAGGGAGUUGGCAGAGCUGCCCUGGGCUGUCACUGGCCCCAGAGCCUAGUAAGAAGCAGGAUAAUAUGGCGGCUGUGGAGCUGGAAUGGAUCCCGGAGACUCUGUAUAACACGGCCAUCUCUGCCGUGGUGGACAACUAUAGCCGAGCCCGCAGGGACAUCCGCAGCCUGCCCGAAAACAUCCAGUUUGACGUCUACUACAAGCUUUACCAGCAAGGGCGAUUAUGUCAACUAGGAAGUGAGUUCUGUGAACUGGAAGUUUUUGCCAAGGUUCUCCGUGCAGUGGAUAAACGACAUCUCCUGCAUCAUUGUUUUCAAGCUUUAAUGGAUCACGGAGUAAAGGUCGCCUCGGUUCUGGCUUGUUCGUUCAGUAGACGUUGUUCUUAUAUUGCUGAAUCUGAUGCCCAUGUUAAGGAAAAAGCAAUACAAAUUGGCUUUGUUCUUGGUGGUUUUCUCUCAGAUGCUGGCUGGUACAGUGAUGCUGAGAAAGUAUUCCUCUCGUGUUUACAACUCUGCACCCUUCACGAUGAGAUGCUGCAUUGGUUUCGUGCAGUAGAAUGUUGUGUCAGGUUACUGCAUGUUAGAAAUGGUAACUGCAAAUACCAUUUGGGAGAAGAAACCUUUAAACUUGCUCAGAGCUACAUGGAGAAGCUGGCCAAACAGAGACAGCAUGCAAACAAAGCAGCCCUUUAUGGAGAGCUCUGUGCCCUACUCUUUGCAAAAAGUCACUAUGAUGAGGCUUAUAAAUGGUGUAUAGAAGCCAUGAAGGAAAUUACAAGUGGACUACCUGUAAAAGUUGUAGUCGAUGUUCUACGACAAGCAUCCAAGGCUUGUGUGGUGAAACGAGAGUUCAAGAAGGCAGAGCAGCUAAUAAAACAUGCUGUUUAUUUGGCAAGGGAAAAUUUUGGCCCUAAGCAUCCCAAGUAUUCUGACACACUACUAGAUUAUGGAUUUUACCUUCUCAACGUUGAUAACAUAUGCCAGUCAGUUGCAAUUUAUCAGACUGCUCUUGAUAUCAGACAGUCCGUAUUCGGAGGUAAAAAUAUCCAUGUUGCAACAGCUCAUGAAGACUUGGCAUAUUCUUCCUAUGUCCAUCAGUACAGUUCAGGAAAGUUCGACAAUGCAUUGUUUCAUGCUGAACGUGCCAUAGAAAUCAUUACUCAUAUACUCCCAGAAGACCACCUUUUGUUGGCUUCCUCCAAGAGAGUUAAAGCACUUAUACUGGAGGAGAUUGCUAUAGAUUGUCACAAUAAAGAGACGGAGCAAAAACUUCUCCUCGAAGCUCAUGAUCUCCACCUGUCCUCGCUGCAACUUGCUAAGAAAGCCUUCGGUGAGUUUAAUGUACAGACAGCGAAACACUACGGAAACCUUGGCAGGUUAUAUCAGUCCAUGCGAAAGUUUAAGGAAGCAGAAGAAAUGCACAUUAAGGCUAUCCAGAUCAAGGAACAGCUUCUUGGACAAGAAGAUUAUGAAGUGGCAUUGUCAGUGGGGCAUUUAGCAUCACUGUAUAACUACGACAUGAACCAAUAUGAAAAUGCCGAGAAGCUUUAUCUCCGAUCAAUAGCAAUUGGAAAGAAACUAUUUGGUGAAGGAUACAGUGGACUAGAGUAUGAUUACAGGGGCCUCAUUAAACUGUAUAAUUCCGUUGGCAAUUAUGAGAAAGUAUUUGAAUACCACAAUAUACUGGCCAAUUGGAAUCGGUUACGGGAUCGUCAGUUUUCCGUUACAGACGCUCUGGAGGAUGUAAAUACCAGCCCUCUGUCAACAGAAGAAGUUGUGCAGUCUUUCCUUAUGUCACAGACCACAGAAGGACAAGCAUGUUAAAAGGAGAAAAAAGAACUGGUCGGCUUUAUUCAUUGCAUUUUCCUACAUGACUGGAAAAAUCCUUACUGUGAAAUUGUAAAAACCAAGAAGAAUGGUGAAAUUAGGACCCCGGGUCCAGCCGUGGGGGAAAUAACCCAAAUAAGACCCAGUCCGCUGUUUGAAGGGUCCGUUCAUGGGUUGCUCGUUCACCGCAUUUUCUAUUUCAAGGAGCCGGAAACAGAGCUAUCGUUUUAAUUGUUUGCAACUCCUGCAGGAAGCUGCAAAUAAAACAGUUUAAUAAGAGUUUA